UCCAUUAACGGAGGGUCUCGUCUCCGUCUCUGUCUCUCUGCAUAUAAAUGUGUCACGAAAUGUCUGGUGCUUCUUUUCUGCGCUGAAUUGAAUUGAAAUUCCGAAAUCUCCUCUUAAUCGCGGAUCUGCUCAAAGUGGAGCAAAAGCUACUUAACUUCCUUCCAAGUUCCACCAUCCAAAAACCCAAAUUAUCAUCCAUAUAUUUCGUCGAUUGGUCUCAGAUUCAAUCCAUCCAACGGAAUGUCAUCUCCUCCCACUCUCCCGAUUUCGAGCCCCCAAGCGAACAUCCCUUCUGCCGGUCAGUCUCAGCCUCCCAUUGCGACUCCGGCUUUCCGUUUCUUCCUCAGCCGCCUCUCUGAAUCCGUCCGCCAAGGCUUCUCCCAACGACGACCAUGGUUGGAGCUCCUGGAUCGCACCUCCUUCGCCCGUCCUGACUCCCUUACAGAGGCCGCGUCCCGCGUUCGCAAAAACUUCUCCUACUUUAGGGUUAACUACUUCACCCUCCUGGCCUCUGUUCUUGCCCUCUCUUUGCUCUCUCACCCAUUCUCUCUUUUUGUCCUCCUUUGCCUCCUUGCUUCCUGGCUUUUCCUCUACUUCUUCCGCCCCUCUGAUUCCCCUCUAGUGCUUUUCGGCCGUACCUUCACAGAUCGGGAGACUCUUGGCGUGCUUGUCGUACUUACUGUCGUCGUCAUCUUCCUCACCAGCGUUGGGUCCGUUCUCAUCUCCGCACUCAUGGUCGGAUUGGCGAUUGUUUGUGCUCACGGUGCAUUUAGGGUUCCGGAAGAUCUGUUCCUCGAUGAUCAAGAACCUGCUAAUGUCGGAUUUCUCUCGUUCCUUGGUGGAGCCGCCUCUUCCGCCGCCGCUGCUGCCGCACCUGCCGUCGCUGCACGCGUUUAAGGACGUCAUCUGGUCUUAUGGCGACGACGACGAGGCAGCAGAAUCUCGAGUACGAGGAACCGCUUAACUGAGACUGAGGAUGUAGAGAUCGAUUAGAUUAUGGAGCAGAAUCCAAAAAUGGAUUCCAAUCUGAUUCGAAUCGGAAUCGGCCAGAAUCAGUGCGGUCGAACCAUUUCUAAGCUAUUUUGUGGUGAAAAUAGAAAUGAGUAGGAUUCCAAUUCAGGUAGUAACGAUUAGGAUCGGUAGAAAUCAGGAUCGGUGGCCAGUUCUAUUUGGUGCCCACUGCCCACUGCCCACUGCCCACUGCCCACUGCCUACUGCCCACUGCUGCAUAUGGGUUGAAAUUAGUUUUUUGCUGCCAGGUGACAAAUGAAAUAUUUUUAGGAAAAAUGGAUUGGUACAGAGUGAAUGAAUUGAACAAACACAAUGAUUCCACAGAGUGAAUGAUUGAAUGCAUGUAUUUGACUUGAUAGUAAGAAAGAAAGAAAAAUAUCGAGCUUGAAACUUUUAGAAUGACA